UCCUCAUUUUGCUACCAUUCUCAUUUCUCCCUGGCUAGCUAUUUUCCAUUCCUCGCAAACAUAGCUAGGCCAAACCUCCAAACUUCACCAACAAAAAAAUGGGUGUUCUUGUCAAGCUCAUUGAUGCAUUGCUCUUCCUCUUGCUCCUGGCGAUUGCUUUCGAAAAGCCAUUGAUCGAAGCACAAGCAUGUCUCCCCGGCGACCUCUACCCCAACAUUCUGGUGGACCUCCGGAACUGGUAUGCCCGCGAGUCGGGCGACUAUCUCAUGACGGAGAUGCCCGAUUUCUAUGUCGGGAUCAUGUGGGUUGAGCUUGUUUUUCAAUGGCCUCUCGUGUUCAUCAACCUUUAUGGAAUCUUGACUGGCAAACCUUGGUUCAACAUCACGUGCUUGAGCUAUGGCAUCUCUCUUUUUACUUCUAUGGUGCCUAUAUUUGCAGAAUUGACGGGGUCAGGAAGGGCACCUGAUAAGCUCUUGACUCUGUACUUUUCUUUCUUGAGUUUAGGUGUUUUGGCCAUACUGCGUGGGCUGCUACCAACCUCAUCAACCAAGUCUUCUGCAACCAUUGGCAAGAGACCUGCUUCCGGUAGGAAGAAGAAAGUUUAAAUUUUUACUCUGCAACUCAAAAGUUCUGUGAUCUUGAUGAUCCAUCUCAUUGUGAGAUCAACAUUGUGAUUGCUAUUUGCCUAGAUUGUGUCUAGUUCAGAAGAUUUAUAUAAUUGUAUGGAGGAAACAUAUCUGGAGAACAAAAUGUUCUGAUUUUUGUAGAAUGGUAUGUUUGCCAAGAACAAUUUAUGAGAUGCAUUAUUAGAGAAGAGUUUGACUA